UUGAACAAAUUUAAUCAGAACACAACUAAAAAAGCUCUGCUUUUAUAACGGGAUCUCUCCUGGAAGAAACACUGGGAAUGCUGCCUCCGCAUACUUUUUUCUCAAUUCUCCUCUGACCGUUUCCCAUACUUCCGUAUAUAUAUUAUCUACUGAAGAACGAGGAGGGUGAAGAGAUGGCUAUAGCGGCCCCUGGUCAGCUUAACCUGAACGAGUCUCCUGCUUGGGGAUCUAGAAGUGUCAAUUGCUUCGAGAAAUUGGAACAAAUUGGCGAGGGCACUUAUGGUCAAGUUUACAUGGCCAGAGAAAUAAAAACAGGUGAAAUUGUAGCAUUGAAGAAAAUACGAAUGGACAAUGAGAGAGAAGGGUUCCCCAUCACUGCCAUACGAGAAAUCAAAAUUCUAAAGAAGCUGCACCAUGAGAAUGUAAUUAAGUUGAAAGAGAUUGUGACAUCUCCAGGUCCCGAGAAGGAUGAACAGGGGAGGCCAGAUGGUAACAAGUAUAAAGGUGGCAUCUACAUGGUUUUUGAAUACAUGGACCAUGAUUUGACAGGUCUUGCUGAUCGUCCUGGAAUGAGAUUUUCAGUUCCCCAGAUUAAGUGCUAUAUGAGGCAGCUCCUGACCGGUCUUCACUACUGUCAUGUAAAUCAAGUACUUCAUCGUGAUAUCAAAGGCUCUAAUCUUCUAAUAGACAAUGAGGGUAAUCUGAAACUUGCAGAUUUCGGGCUUGCGCGGUCGUUUUCACAUGAACACAAUGCGAAUCUCACAAAUCGUGUUAUUACUUUAUGGUAUAGACCUCCGGAGUUGCUGCUUGGGACAACAAAGUAUGGUCCAGCAGUUGAUAUGUGGUCUGUUGGAUGUAUUUUUGCUGAACUUCUACAUGGGAAACCAAUUUUCCCUGGAAAAGAUGAGCCGGAGCAAUUGAAUAAGAUUUUUGAACUGUGUGGAGCCCCAGAUGAGGUCAAUUGGCCUGGGGUUUCAAAGAUGCCAUGGUAUAACAACUUCAAGCCAACAAGGCCAAUGAAGAGACGUGUCAGGGAGGUUUUUAGGAAUUUUGAUCGUCAUGCUUUGGAGUUGUUGGAGAGAAUGCUAACUCUAGAUCCUGUUCAGAGAAUAUCUGCCAAGGAUGCACUAGAUGCAGAGUAUUUCUGGACUGAUCCUUUACCUUGUGACCCCAAGAGUUUACCCAAAUACGAAUCAUCACAUGAGUUCCAGACAAAGAAGAAGCGCCAGCAGCAAAGACAGCAUGAGGAAAAUGCGAAAAGGCAGAAACUACAACAUCCUCAACAACAUGCACGUCUUCCUCCCAUUCAGAGUGGGCAAGCACAUCUCCAGAUGCGUCCAGGACCAAACCAGCCGGUGCAUGGUUCUCAGCCACCAGUUGCUGCAGGGCCUAGCCACCACUAUGCAAAGCCUCGUGGACCUGCUGGAGGUCCUGGCCGAUAUCCCCCAAGAGGAACCAGUGGGGGAUACAACCACCCAAAUCGUGGAGGUCAAGGAGCCGCUGGAGGUUAUAGCACCGGAACAUAUCCCCCACAAGGAAGAGGUCAAGCUUAUGGUUCAAGUGGCGUGCCUGGUGCUGGACCACGGGGUGCAGGGGGUAGCGGAUAUGGAGUUGGUGCCCCAAAUUAUCCUCGAGGGGGUCCAUAUGCUGGUUCUGGUGCUGGUCGUGGCUCAAACAUGAUGGGCGGUAAUCGUAGUAAUCAACAGUAUGGUUGGCAACAGUAAAGUAUAAUUUGAUCCUCAUGUGUAAUAAUACUUGGAAGUUAAUGCCAAAAAAGGCUUCGAUUUAAUUAUUGGUGAGAUUAGUAGAUAAGUUUAUGCAUUUCAUGUCAAGAUUUGCCAAAAAAUUUAGCGACAAGUGUGUUAUAUUAUGCAUUUCAUGUAACAUUAUUUUGCAUAAAAGCUUCUUAAACCUUCAAUCAGUUUGAAGAUAUGCUAGGCAGGAGUAGCACAAUUAUUCUUAAUG